UGGAAUGACUUGUAGGAUGUACCAAAAUAACUACAGUUCUUACCACGGGAGAGAUGGACGUAACUCGGUGUGCCCGCCAUGCAAUUUGCAGGAACCCAACUUUUCUCAUCCAUUUUUUUCUUCAGGGAAAUAUUUCAAUGGAUAUGCAGAAGAAUAUCGAAUUCCUGAAAUGAGCAGAAGUCCAGCAGAACAUUUCCUGGCAAGGCAACAAAUACGCCACACAACAAGACGGCCAAUCAAUCUGCAUGGUCACCGGUUUGUUCCGCCAUUUGCAAGUCCAGAUUAUGCACCAAGCUUCACACAAAUGCUUCCAUUUUAUUUUAGGCAUCCAUCUAAUUUUAGGUAUCCAUCUUAUUUCGGUGGCAGUAUGCAGCAUUGCAGGUUUGACCAAACGGCCAACUCUUUGAAUCCUGUGGAUGAAUCUCUAAAUUCUGUAAUACAGUCCUCUUCCUCACAGACCCCACCGUAUCCGGCUCCACCAACAAAUUUACCUCUAUCUUAUCAUUCAGACCUAAACACAGCAUCACCUGGCAUUCCUCCAGAAUAUGGCAGCAACUCGAUUGCAUGUUUUCAGCCGUUGAGUCAACCGUUUCAAGGUUUUCCAGGACAGCCAGUAACUACUGACAACCACAAACUUACUACUUCAGUGCCAGCUGCCAACCCAGGUAUUUCUUCAUCAGUUGAUCUGCAUUCAAGGCAUGUACAGCAAAGCCAUCCAUCUCAGCUCAUAAAUAAUCAACAAAGACAACCUACAAGAUCUUUCAGUAUCAACCAGCAUAUAGGGCUUGAUGAGCCGCCAGUCGUUAAUGUUAGUCAACUUAACAACAGCAUAAAAGUACAGUACCAGUUUGGCUUGAACGAUAAAUUUGCAGUGCAAUCUACAAAUUCUACAGUAUCAAAUGGUUCAGAUUUUAUUGGUUGGCAAAACCACAACGAUUCCCAUCAGUGCGAUUCAGUAAAUGAAGAUCUAAAAAAACAACAUAACCAGCCAGAAACUUCCAGUGAUAUCAACGGUUGCAGGAGCAACGAGGAAUUUGAAAAAGAACGCUUUUCUGUGUUUAAUAUUCAUAAAAAAAGUGAUGAAAAUAUAGACAAAAGUUCAAAUAUUUAUGCCUCACAUUUAAAUUCAGUAAAUAAAAAUUGUGACAUUUUAAAAGAUACAAGAAAAAAUUUACAAACUCUGAUAAAAAAGCAGCAGGAGAAAAUACAGACCUGCAAUGAAAACAUAGAAACACAUGAAAAGAAAAGUAAAAAUAUUGAUAAAACUGUGAGUACAGGUAACAAUAUUGAUCAAGGUACAGUUCCUGAUCUUCUUGCCCAGAGAAGGGAUAUUGAACUGCCAAAAGGAAGAAAAAGUGAAAUUGCCAAUACUAACUUCUUUGACAAAGGUGAGAAACUUUUGAAGACACAUACUUCAGAUAUUGACAAAGUUACUUUGACAGAAUCAAAUAGUAAUAUAAGUAUUGCUAAAAAAAGCUUGAAAAAGACUAAGGCAUCAGUGAUUCCCAAGUCAAAGGGAGGAGCUAACAGUGUUAAGAAAAGCUGUAAGAAGUCUGAUGCAUCAGCGAAGAAGUCUACUUCCAGAAGUAAAAAAACAAACAAUGAAAUAACUUUAGUUAAAUUCUCAUACCAGUGUGGGGAAUGUGCAGAUACUUAUCAUAGUAUUGGAGAUUUAUUUAAACACAUUAAUGAAAAACAUUCAGAAAAUCCUGUGGCAAAUGUAGGAACCAAUGAGAUUGAUAGCAAAACUGAUAAAGAUUUAGACAAAAGCAUCAAAAAUAGUAAUGAUAAAGUUGCAGAAACUUUAAAGAAUAGUGAAGAAACUGAGUUAAACAAAUUUAAAACUAAUGUAAACACAAUAGAGGAAGUUGAAGAGAAUAUUGUUAAUGAAGAUAACAACCAAAUUGAAGAAGUGGAAGAAGAAACAGUUGCUGGUGAAACAGAAGAACAUGAACUAGAUAUGGAAGUUGAGAGUGAAAAUAUUGUUACUGAGCCAGAGUGCUUAUUGUGUCCAAUCUGUGCCUAUGCCAGUAACUCUCCAGAAGAAGAAGAAAGGCAUAAAAAAACACAUGAGCGAGAGACAGAGAGACAUAGUGAAUGUCAUACUGUUGAGCGUGAAUAUAUGAAGCAAUGCCAAGAAAUGUUUGAUGUCCAGAGGAAAAAUAUUGAAGAGAGGUCCCUUGAUGGAAGGAAACAGAAAGAAAAUCAUCAGAGUAGUUUAAAUGUUUCAAAGGUUAUGGAUGGAUCUGGUCUUCAAAAACAGCCAAAUAUUUCUGGUCCAAAAGCAAAGAAAGUUGCAGACAAAAGUGAACCAACUACAGAUUCAACAGAAAAUUAUUUAGAGAAAAAGAAAACUGGAUUAAGAAAUAGAGAGAAAACACAAGCUAAGAAUAGCUUGAUGAAUCCUAGUAAAGGUAAACAAAAGAGAGUUAGAGACACUCAUAACUUUGGUAAAGAGGACAGAAUGUUGAUGGAAAUGUUUGGUAUAAUCCCUAGUAAAGUGUGCCUCAGUAGAGUAGAAGAUUCUGAUAAGUUAGAAGCCAAAAGUAGAAAUAAUACAGUUGAAGAACCUAAAAAUGACAUAGAAAAUAUUAAAAUUGAGAAUGAAAGAUUUAAGGAGGAAACUUUAACAGGAAAUAAGAAAGUUAAAAAGAAUCAUUGGAGUAAAGUUUUAGGCAUGAGUAAUUGUGAAAAUGAAGAGAAUGUGGUUGAUGAUCAGACAUUUGAUAGUGAUGACUCAGACAUAGAAAUAGUUGAACCCCCUGUAACACUAAUUGUACUAGAUGAUGAAGUAAGUACCGAAUUGGAAGUCAAAGAUUCUCUGAGUAAAACUGUUCCAGAAACUCCUGAAAAAGGAGUAGCUAGUCCUAAAAGAUCAAAGAAAGUUGGUCAUAAAAAACCUCAGAAAGGAAGCCCAACAAAAUCAGAUAAAGGGAGUCCUGUAAAACUGGACAAAAAAGGAAAAGAAAGUACUGGAGCUAUGGAUGCUUCUGUGGAAAUAGAGAGAGGAGAAAAAGAGGUUGAGUUUUCAGAAAUCAGUAGGAGUGGUAAUAGUGAUGCUGAACUUUUAGAAAAAUAUGGAAUAAAAAACCUAAGAAUAAAUUUAACACACACACCUUCUAAAGUGAAACAAACAAAACCAGGUCCAAAAUCUAAGUGUCAAACUAACAAGGGCCAAUUAGGAGAAAGUAAAUCAUAUAGUAAUGCACCAAUUAAA